AAGUUUUUAAGAUAACGAGUUCUCUCAGACGAAACAAAAAACCGACAGAAGAAUGGAGAAGUGACUCGCUUCUACUGGUUCUCUUUUAACUUCACAUAUUUUCUACCUUCUCCUCAGAGGACUUUUGCACCUCCGAGCAGCAUUUUAUGUGAUAUAUACAUGAAAAAUGUUGGAUAUCAGCAUCAGGGCACAUUUCUCCAUAUUGGUACAUCUCUAACAUCGAUUAAAGCAGGUCACCAUUCUUAUGGAGAGCUGGCUACUUGGAGCAAAGCUCAUAUAAUAUUAACUCAGUUGCUUGAAGAACUGGUUAAAGAAGUGGAAUCAGAUGCUUCUGCUGGACAAGAAUGAAAACCUGCAGCCACACCAGCCCAUUGUGAAUAAGACUGGGGACCUCUGCUUAAUGGACAAUAUGUUGAUGCAAAUCUGAUUCUCAUUUAACAUGAGGGUAAUAUUGCUGCUGCAGUUUUAUUUCAUGGUUCUUGACACGCAAGUCAUUGUUCCACUCCCUCAACCACAAAAUGUAACAGUGGUGUCCAACAACUUUGACACUGUCUUGCACUGGAGUCCUGGAGUAGGCACACCUCCAGGAACUACUUACAGCAUCAGUGUGAGUAUUGGAUCAACCACAAAAAUGCAGAAAAAGUGCAAUAAUACAACCAUCAAUGUUUCCAAGUUCAUGAAGAACAUCGAGCGACAGUACAUUCUCCGCCUUUGGGCAUCACAUGGCAACAGAUCAUCAUCUGUAAUUGAAAGAUACUUUACACCUUAUACUAUGACCUACCUCGGUCCUCCUUCUGUGACUCUGGCUGGCUGUGGCAAUUGCUUCAACAUUAGCAUCUCUCUGCCAGAUAGAGUGUCCAGCAAUGAAAGUUUACGUUUCUACAAAGGUAUCCGGUUCGACAUACACUGGAAGAAGGCAGGAGAUGAAAAGGUUUACAUGUUAGAAAACAUGGAUUCACUCUCCCAGCAGCACAGUAAGAAAUUGAGUAUAUACACACAUGCACUACUAAAUCUUGAACAAGGAGGAAAGUACUGUGUGCGGGCAAAACCACGACACAAUGUCAACAAGAACGCUCAGGUUUCUGACUGGAUCUGUGAUUUCACCAGUACAGUACAGAAGAGAGGAGCUUUUGUGACGUCUGUAGCUGGUUGGACUGCAGGGUUUGUGCUGAUCGGACUGGGUUUGCUGAUUUUCACAGCCAGCCUGGCCUAUGCUGGGUUCCUCUGCAAGCUGAAGAGAAGUCUGCCCAAAACUCUGAUGAAUUUUGUUUCCAGCAGCUACCUUUCACCAGAGGAGAUCAAUUUUUCGGUAGCUAAGUGGCAUGGAAAGUCAAGCAAACCUAAACAUCUUCAUCAGUUUGAGGAGUGCUGGCAUGAGGAAGAAAACAGGAACGGCAGGCAGAAUGAUGAUCAUGAUAACGAUGAAGAUAAUGAUGAGAAAGAGAAUGACUGUGUCUACAUGUAUCGACCCACCAACGACAAUGUUUCCCCAGCCACCAGCAGUGGGCAAGGUUCUGCUAGCACAGCCAUCACUCUCUGCAUAGAGUCACAGAAUUCUGGAGGAUGUAGUAUUGAAGCAGAACAGACUGCUUUGAGUGGCAUUACACUCUCUCAGCUUCAACACAGUGAGGUCACAAAUAUCAUGCAAGAGGGUUUAAGUAAUUUGAGAGUAGAAAAACCAAACCCUUUCAAGUCGAAAGAAGCAGAAACGUCAGGAGGGCAGAUUAACAAGUCAGGAGGCACUUCUAUGAACAUCAACCUGUUCUCAGUGACACUGAAGUCUCUGCAACCCGAAGAGAACGUGAUGGAUGAAGUGAGUAAUGCUAAAGAGAUUAGCAGGCCUCUUUUACCUCUGUUGCCAAGAGAACUGGAGGAACAUGCACUUUGCUUUUCAAAGCCACAAACAGGAAUGGCCCCUUUAGUGGGACUUAAGACACACAUUCAGUCACAAAGAAACUCACAGACAGACGUACUGUCACAACUGAAAGACUCCUCUGAGAUGCAGUCAGAUCAAUUGGUCAAGCAUGACAGGACACAAACGGGAUAUAGGGCCAUGCACACAGGCAGAAUGAACCCAGAAAUUGACUGCUUAUUGGAUGAAGAGGAGGAGGAUUUCUCAGGUUACAUGGGACGAUAAAGCCGAAAGCCAGCACUAUUUUUCUUAAAUGUGUGCUGGGACUUUAAAGUGUCCUGGUAAGGGUACCCAUACAUCUACUCAUUGGCCACUUUCUGAGACCCACCUAACCUGUCAGUCGACAAUAUAGGUGUAAAAUUACUAACUGUAGUAAUGUGAUCGCAACAAUGAGAGAGAACAGCACAACAAUGAAUGAUUUUCACCUAAAUACUGGAGGAACGUAGACCUGUGAACGUGGGAACGAACCAAGUAUGAAAUUUCUGAACCAAUCCAACAUCUCUUCAAGGCAGAGCUCACAGUAGGGCACCCUGGUGUGCUCAUCAACAUUGUCUGAUGGACAACAAGCCUGCCGUUAGCUUGUGAAAGAGGGGUGUAUUUGUUUUGCUGUAAGAUCAAUAUCAACAAUCUUUCUCCAGUACUCACACUAUGCCCGGUUGCCUUGUACUGUGUCCAAGCACGAUUGUCCCCCUCCCCACUUCCCAACUGGCCUGUGCUCACAUUGUGCUUAAUGUUCCAGGACAAAAGUGAUCAUAUGUCAGGCAUCUUUUAUUGCACAUUUUAAAAUCCACUGGUCAAGUAGGAUGAGUGUUUUGUCAGGUUUUGUGGCUUAUUUGGAGUUAUUUUGGUUGCUCUGACUCAAUAUGCAAUGCAGAGAUGUUCUGUUAAUUGUAUUAAUUGUGCACAUAUAAAAAUUGUGCGGCUUUACUUGCCAACUACAUUUCAUGUUCUUCAAUAAGGUGCGAACCAGACCCAUUUUUAACCCAAAUUUUCUCCAAUUAAAUGAAAAGUGAGACAGUCGUAUCAUUGACAUCAUGUUUGAGUUGCAUGCUUGGGCAUGGUUAGCGAUCACACUAGGUACAUGCUGUGCCCAUAUCCAACUGAACGGUACAGUACAGAGCGAUCAUGCUAGUCAGCAAACUAAACUUUGGGGGUAAAACGUGCCUGGGUACAGUAGGGAUCACCAAGUGUGAGUACACUCUUACUGCGCCUUGUACAGUGCACAACUACAGUGAUUUUUUUUUUUCUUCAAUGUUUUACAAACUGUGCUGCACAAAAUUUAAAUAAACAGGCCUAAUUAUGCUCACUUUGAAAAUAAAUGUGUAGUCAGUACUGACGAUCCCUACGACAAGCUCAGAAAAGGGUAUUGUGAGUUAUCACGAGAACAGCAUAUCUCAUUUUGCCCACUGCUAGUGCAGACAUCUGUACACUAGUAAGGUGGAGCUACCAGCAACAAGGUUUUUAUAAUAAGGGGCCCUUGAGUGUAUUAUAUAUCUGAAGCAGUGCUCACUGAAUGUAUCUUUUGCCAAAUAAAGGCACUAGCCUUGUAGCCUUCCUGUGCCCUCUGCUGGUUAGAGCUGGCUUCUUUAUCUAAAUUAUUAAAUGGGACACUUGUUGCAAACAACGGACUGUAUUUAUAAUGCUAUAAGUAAUAGUUUAUUGUCUGGAUGUACAAUGAUACAUAAUAAAAAGUAGGUGCUGGGGCCAAUGAAUUGACCUAUCAAUGCUCUGCCCACAAAUAUGUUGUUUCUUAGAAUCGCAUCGAGUCUAUUUAUAAAUUUCUCAGUUUCAUGUAAAUACUAAUUCACAUUAAUCUGAUAGUGUUUAGAAGUGCUGCAUUCCCAAACUAGGUUGUAAAAAUUAAGACAGAACAUUUGCAACCAUGAUAAGGUUAGUAUUGAUUAUGCAACCAAAAGAAAAUCUAACAUCAUAUUCACACAAAUCAUUGUCUGUUAUUCUGACAGAAACUGAGAUCUAUGCUACAAUUUCUUGUUAGGUUGAAUGUGAUUUACAAUAUGUUGUAAAGCAUGUCCAGCCUCCAAGCGAAGCAUGGAUUGGUCAGUAAGUUAUGCUGUUUUUGCCUAUUGUUGAUAAAGAUAGACAUGCAUAACUCUAAGGCCUAGGUAAUGUGGCCAACAAGACUUCUCUGUAUCACUUAAAAUAACAUGUUUUUUUAUGUAUGUUUUUUAAUCUGAAUUUUUAACUCUUAAGAAACCAAAAGGCCUAUGAAUAUUCAGCAUGACAAAAACAGAACUUAUUAAUUAAAAAAUGUUUUGAGGACAACUGACCUCAUUCACUAAUUGUUCUUAAGGAGGAAAUUUGUAUUAUAGUCCACUUACACAGUUUUCAUGAAGAUUCAUUCAAGUUUCAUUCAUGUUUUCUUUGUUGGGAUUUGUUCUUACCUCAAAAAAAUCUAUGGACAAUCGACAGCAAAAAGUUGCGAAUAGUUCUGCAGUUUAAGAUUCAUGAAUCUCAACGUAGACUUUUUCUUAGGGGCUUUUCUCAAGAACAUAUUGUGGGGAAAAAAUUAAUGUGGUCCAUUGUAUUUUUAUUAUUUAGCCUUUUAACAUCACACAAUUAAAAUAUACAUAAUACGAAUACAAAGAGGGUAACAGGUACAUGGCACCAUUUAGUGUUCUGCACUUUUAGUGUAGCAGCUGUUCAGAGUUCAAGUCUUUGCUGCUAAUACUGGAUUGGGGAAUUGACUGAUGAAAAUGUUUUAUUGAACACACGCAUAUCGAUAACAAGCAUUGUGAUAAUUUUUUGUCAUUGACAUUAUGGCUUCAUAAUCCAGGCCUAAUUCAUAUUUAAUAGGACUUACCAUGUUUAAUAGGGCUUAUAAUAAUUUGUCCUGCCAUUAAAAAUUCAGAAAGGAA